AUGAAUGCAGACAACCUUGCUCUUCAAGGUGUCGAUUAUCCGGCAAUACUGUCUGUAGGACUCAAUGGGGGUGAUCCAGCUGAUGGACACAAAAUGGCGGACCUAGUAGAUCAAACGACAGUAGCUUGUCCAGCUACUCAGAUUGUUUUGGGGGGGUACUCGCAAGGUGCAGAACUGGUUCGCCGUGCAUUGACAUUCUCAAAGAGCGUAGCCAGAAUUGUUGCUGUAGUCACUUUUGGUGAUCCACAGAACACUGCAGCUAUGGAUUCCAGAGUCGAUGUUUCACGAAUAAAGGUGUAUUGCCACAAAAAUGACACUGUCUGCUCAGGCGCACACCUAACGAACUUACUUCAAAUCUCGGCUCCUCACUAUACUUAUGGACUUUUGGAUGCUGGAGAUGCUGCUAGUUUCAUCUUUUCCAAACUCAAACUUUGA